AAAAUCGCAAAAGGGUGACCAAAGAGGGAUGAUUGUGUGAUAUGGGGAUAUAUUGGUUAAAAUGUUGUGUACAGUCUGAUGAAUAAUUACAUUGUAAAGCGUCAGCAAAAUUCGCAAAUUCUUACGAAUGAUGUAAACGGCCUAGAAUUUCUUCAGCCGUGCAGUUCCAAGGAGUGUGUUUUAAUGCCCAAAAUAUAGUUCUAGAGUUUUUACGCUUGUUUUCCCGUUAUAAUAAUUUAUAACUUCUCUUCUCCGAAGCCGAACCUUAGUGACUCGAGUACUAUAGCGGUAAUCUUCUGGUGAUCGCUCUCAACUUAAAACUAUCAAGUUGCUAAAAAACUAAAUAAUAAUUCCUGGAGGAAUAUGUUUGACGAAUCUGCAUUCGACCCAGACGAUAUUGGCUCUGCAGCACCAAGUCCAUCAAUGUCAGCUGUUAGCGCUGUGCCUUCUCUAUUCUAUGGCACAUCUUCUCCUAGUUCGUCGCUCUGUCCAUCCCCAACGACUUAUGCGCCGACGAACAACAACAGCGCACUCGCCAGUCCAGGCAUACCAUGCAUUAGUCUACCACCAACUAGCAGUAGUAGCAAGGCUGGCAGUGAUGAGAUAAAAUUCACAAGGAAACCAUCCGCUCAAAACGCACCGGUUCCGACAACCUUCACAACUUCAACACCAUAUCAAUCCAGGAGGAGGAGCUAUCCAGUUAUAAGACAAUCUCAAUUUGGUGCCACUUCAGCAAAACCAGCUAAUCAGCCAGCUGAGCAGAUCAAUAUCAAUGGUAUGGUACAUCCGCAUUCUCAAGCUUCUGCAGUAGAUAGCCUGAGAAAACAUACAAAUGCGAGCUCAUCUCUUAUGAGCCAUAGUACCAGUCAGACUCCAAUUUCCAAUUUUCUGAACGGUUGGUUCGGCGGCAGUCCGACGCAAUCAAUGACCAGCACCAAUAGAGCUAGGAGUCAAUCACAUAGUCAUUCACAAUCCGUAUUUAGCGAUGGAAAUAUUUUUUACCCAGAGCAGGAUGAGAGGACUAACAGGUGGUUUAAUGACGACACCGAGGGCGAAAGAAGAGGAAGAUCAGCUACGAGGAGUAAUUCACGUGAUGCAUUAAGAAGGUCACCCCGGGCGUCUAGAAGUUCGAGGAAGGCUAACGCAUCAAGAUCAAAAUCAUCCGUUAGAAUUCUCAGUCCACUUAAACAAGAACAAAGUGAUGAUACAAUCAACUUAGAGGAUGAAGUUUCUAAUAAAUUGAUGAUAUCCACACAUCAUCGUCCAAGUGAUAAUGAUAAUUUCGAUCUAGAAGCGACGCCCAAACUUGAAAAAAAGCAGGUAGUUUCACUUAUAAUCAUAAUGUUUUCUUGGUUUCAGUAACUUUUCCUUCUUCUCAAACUUGCAUUGU